AUGGCGACAACGUCUUCAAAGAAAAUAAAGGAGGCUGGCUGGUUCUACCAUGCCCCAGCCAGGAGGAAGAAUGUGGAGCCUGUGCUUGUCCCACCUGCUUCCCAGAUACCGGGCCUCAACGAUCCUGUGGAGGGUGAAAUGAUUGGUGAUCCAGUCAGACCUCUGUAUCGUGACACAGACACAAAAUAUAUACGACUUGCUAAACAGGGAGGUAGACAGAAUUUGCUUCAAUUCAAAGAAAAUCCAAAGAUGUCAGAGAGACCUUGUGUUGGUUACCCGCGAUCAGAAUGGUUUUAUCUAGAGGACAAUGCUAUAGAGGAUGCUGCUUCAGAACCAGACACAGGAAAAUAUGAGUUUCGUGUCCCUGAGUAUAUGUUCCAUGAUGUUCACCAGCCCUCUACAGAUGAAAACUACCUAAAAGCAGGUCGCACGCCAUACGCAUAUGACAAGCUCUCUGCAUAUGACAGAGAGGGCAAAAAUGUGAAGAAUAAGACACUUAAACUUCCUGAGGUCAAGAGGUCAGGGUAUGGCGUGAGGAUUGCCAAACCUCCUAGAGUAAAGUCACAUCCACAGGAACGCACAAAACCUUCAGAUGCUGCCAAAAUAUCACAACUGGAGCGAGAAAGACCACAUCUGAAAUAUCUUCCGCUGCCUGAAGAAGAAAAGGACAAGGCAAAGAUGACCAAGAUAUUGUCCUUUGCAUAUGAUCGAGAGUGGCAGGACCGCAUCACAAAAUGGCAGGCACAACAGGACAAAGUUCGGGAUAAGCACCGCGCCAUGCUAGCAGCAGACACUCAAAUAGACAAGGAACCAAUCAACACCGAGUACAGAACGACCAUUGGAAAACAGAUCGGAAGUUCCUAUAGAAGAUCAGAGAAAGGAAAAAAACAGAAUGAGCCAUGUUAUUCCACACAGUCCAAUCCAGAACAGCAAAAUAAUGAUGACGGUAAAAAGGCAAUGUCCCAGAAAGAAAAAGAACUGUUCAAGUUAUCCAGGUUCAAAAACAUUCCAUCCAAGGUAGACUCUCAUAAUGCUGUGAAGGCUGAGGUUCCUGUGGUGGCUGCUCAUUAG